GACAGUUUCAAAUCUGCUUCUCUCUGGCUGACUCAGUCCGCCAUUUGUGAACGAAUAUCACAAAUCAGAAAUCUCUUUCGGGUUCAUUCCGUUGAUUUUAGCACAUUGCGGUGGCCGUUCAUGUUUUGUAAUAUUAUAAAGUUGAACUCGUUCUUAUUCUAAAUAUACUACGCUUCAUAAGAAUAAUAAACGAUGUUCAAUACGAACAGCAGUUGAUUAUUAUGACAAGGUGAACACAGACCCAGUAAAAACAAUUUCUAUUAUAGUGCCUACGUACUUCCUACAAUGAUUAAUCUUUUGGGGCAAGGUUCUUCAAUAUUUUAUGUAAAUUAGUAUGUAUUGGUGUACAGUGACGUAUCGUGCAUUGAGUGGUGUCAUUACGUGCAAGAACGUACAGGGAGAUUACUUGUAAAGUUGUGGAGACUUGAAGGGCCGUUAUCUAGAAUUCAUAAAAUUGUUUGGCAUCGCGAAGUUAGUCGUUUUGCAUUGGUGUCUGAUGGAAAUUGGUAACAGAGUUUGUUAGUAUUGUGUAGUCAUGGGACCUAAGCCUCCACCGCCGCCUGGGCCUCCGCCGCCCCCGGGGCCGCCACCUCCGCCUAUUUUCGGCGGCAGCUCGAAGGGUGGUGGUGCUGAUGACAGGAGCGCCUUGUUGAGUUCAAUAAGGCAGGGUGCUAAGUUGAAAAAGACACAUACUGUGGACAAGAGUGGCCCGUAUAUACCUGGGAAAGUGUCAAAUGUGUCUGGUGGUGGAUCACCGAGUGGGGGCAGUGCGAGGAGUGCAGCGCCCCUGCAGAAUGGCGGCGGAGGCGGAGCGCCGCCAGGCCUGGGCGGCCUCUUCGCGGGAGGCAUGCCCAAACUGAGGCCUACUGGGAAACUGGCAGGCUCAACACCAAAUGGACAAGUCAAAUCCGACGCACCGCGGUACCCGCCACCGCAGCCGCACCAACCACCACAACAAAAGUCUUCCCCAGAGAAAACCCGGCCGGCAAUGCCUCCCGCUCCAGGGAGCAAUGUUGGGGCACUAUCAGCCGCAUUGUCAGAGGCUCUAGCAGGCAGAGACAGAGAGACGAGGGAGUAUUCUAGAGAAGUAACAAGAGAAGUACCGAGAGACCCUCCCCAGAGACCAGCGGUGAGGAGACAGCCGAGUGAUAUAAGGACAAGAGGACCCCCGCCUCAACCGCCUGUGCAGAAACCGGCGAUGCCUUUAAGUUCGUCAGACUCAGUGCUAACAACGAACUCAGUGCUGGACCGCAUCAGCAACCUUCAGCAGCAGACUUCGGAGCAGGCCAUCAAUCCUCAUGUCGCGUCCACGCUACAUAGAAACAAGAGCUCCUUGCAUGCUGCGGGGCAGGGGAAUUUGGGUGGUAGCAUGACCUCCCUUUCCUCAGCGUCCCCGUCACCCGCGCCCGCGUCUUCCCUCUCCACCUCAGACCUAUGCGACCGGCCAGCCCGCGUCAGCCACGGCAAGCCGAACCUAGCGCCCAAGCCCCCGCAGUUGGCCCCAGGCAGUACCAACGAUACUAGGCCUUCGCCCCCGCCUAAGAAGUUGAUAACUAACGGGAAAGUUGCUGGAAGGACUCAGAGUAUGAGGGUGCCUAGAUCACCACCAGCGUCCCCGUCGUCGCCACAGACGGGCGGCGGGCGACCGUUCAACCUGCCGCCCGUGCCUUUAAACCCGCCUAUUGGUACUAAGAACCCGGCUUCACAUUUCGGAACGUUACGCGCCCCUCGCGGACUUCGCCCCCCAGGAGUGUGUCCCCCUCCCCCGCCGGGCGCUCCGCCGCCACCCCCUGGUGCUCCGCCCCCGCCCCCCGCGCGGCACCUGCAGCAGCCGCCGCCGCCGCCUCCGCCGCACCACAGACAAUCUAGUAUAAACGGCGACGAGGGCAUAGCUCCCAUGCCCCCAGUCCGCGGGUCCUCCAUGAGGUCUCUAGACCUGGAGGCUCGGUUCGCGGACCUCUUCCAGCAUCCCUCGCAGUUCCCCGCACCCGAUCCCUUCUUACGCAUCGCUAAGGGAUACAGCAGUGCCACCGUCGCCGUGAGCAAGGCGCAGGCGCCGCCGCCGCCGCUGUCCGUCCCGCUGGAGGGCUGGAGCGGCACCUCCUCCGCCUGCUAGCGAGCCCGGGGGGCGCCCGCCCCCCCAGCCGCCCCGCAGCCCGCCCCCACCCCCGCGCCCCACCCGCCCCCGGCCCGCUCGGGCAGCACGGCGCACCUGGUGCCGGCCGCCGCGCCCGCGCACGCGCUGCUGUCCGUCGCGCACGCGCUGCUGUGCCCCGCCAACGCGCUCGCCGCCACGCUGCUGCCCGCCGCCGUCACGCAGCCGACCAGUGGAACCGACAUACUGCCCAUCGAAGAGCCCAUGAUGCCCACCGAUGACGUCAGCGACCUCAAGGACGUGUUCGACGCCAUCAACAGACUGUGCGAGACCAUGAGGACUUCUACCUACGACGAAGUAGCGGACGAUUCGCCGGGAGACGAUAAUGUCGACGAAUUCGUUGAAACUAUAAACAGUAACGUAAGUAUAAGUAGUGUAGCUGAAUCUGUAAGCGUAGUUGAGUCUGAGGCGCCCGUCGCACAAGUUAUAGAGUGCGAUGCAGAGCUGAUAAGCCCCACAGAAGUAUCCAUAAGGACCAUAGAAGCGUAUAGAGCGGAACGUUGGAGCGACGCGCUUGUGUCGCCCCCUACUGAUGAAACUGAUACGUUCCCGUCAGACACGGAACCGGCUAACCCGACCUGCGAGCCGGUUAGUGAAAUGUAUUAUACGGCGUCUUCCGAAGUCUCGCUACUGUCUGAUCUAGAACUGCCAGAAAGACCGCCAGUAGACGAGGAAGCGACUGAAGUUAAAGAUAAAGAGGAAA